AUCUCUGUGGUGGUUUUUCCCUAGAGCAAGACUGCGAGGCGCGCCUAGCCGGAAUAAAGCGACUCAGUUCUCAUGAAAAUCAUCUUUAUAUUUUAGUUCGUUUUUAUGUAAUGUAGCAUGACAUGGUAUGUGACAAAAUUAUUGGGUAAAACACGGCGUUUUGUUUUAAAAAACCUGAGUGACUUAGCUGUCGGAGACUUUCAAGAGGGACACAAAUCGCCGGUAGGUGAAGAACGUAAAUUAUUUACAUUGCGUCGAUUGUGGCUUGAGCAGAGCAAGGGGAAGAUGCUGAAGAACGACAGCACAAGGUCCCAUUCACUAUUUUGAGUUGUCCGUGGUGCUGGAACCUUGUCCAACAAUGACGACAGAAUGGGGUGAAAAAUCCACGGCCGACCUCAUGAGCAGGUACGUCUCCAAGGAAAAGGGAUAUGGAGUUCCUGAGGAGGGCUGGAGGAUCUGUUUGGCCCAUGAGUUUAAGGAGAAGAGAAGUCCUUAUCAAGCAAAAGAUGUCUCGCUGUCCUUCAUCUGGGAGCACGUUGGCCUGGGGAUCAGGUAUCUGAAGUGGUGGUACAAGAAGACUCGUGUGGAGAAGAAGGCUCCCUUCAUCGACAUGUUUGCUCCUCUGCCUCUACGACAAAUAUAUGGUGCUCCACUUGGAGGGAUUGGAGGAGGAACCAUCACCAGAGGUUGGAGAGGGGAGUUUUGUCGAUGGCAGCUCAACCCUGGAAUGUACCACUACAAAACGGUCGUAGCCAACCAGUUCACAGUGUGUUUGCGUCGUGGAGGACAAACGGUUUACCAGCAGGUUCUGUCUGUGGAGCGUCCGCCAACGUUACAGGGCUGGAACUGGGGCUACUGCGGGGAGUACGCCUUCUACCACGCCCUUUACCCACGAGCCUGGACGGUCUACCACCUCCCUGGACAGAACCUCACCCUCACUUGCAGACAGGUCUCCCCCGUCAUCCCACAUGAGUACCAGGACUCCAGUCUCCCCGUGGCUGUGUUUGUGUGGGACAUCCAGAACCAUAAUGACCACGACCUGGAAGUUUCCAUCAUGUUCACUAUGGUCAACGGCUCGGGACACAAGUCGGACAAGAAAGGAGGACACUGGAACGAACCAUUCCACCUGGAGAAGGAGGGGGAGUCCGUGUCGGGGGUUUUGUUGCACCACUGUACCCCAGUGAACCCGUUCACCAUGAGCAUCGCAGCCAGAGAACAGCCUGACAGACAUAUCAGUCACCAGACAGCCUUCAGUCCAAGUGGAACCUGCAGCAGUCUGUGGACCGACCUCAUUGCUGAUGGACGCCUGGACUCUCCCACAGGUGCCAGCCCUCCCACGUCUAAAGGAGAGAAAGUAGCAGCAGCCUUGGCUGUGGGCUGCUCAGUGGCGGCCCAGAGUCGUAACACUCUGGAGUUCUGUCUGAGCUGGGACAUGCCCAGAAUCACCUUUGGCUCCAGAGAGAGGGAACACUUUAGGUGGUACACCCGUUACUUUGGAACCAAGGGGGACGCCUGUCCCUCUCUGAGUCACCACGCUUUGACACACUACAGCCAGUGGGAGAGGAGCAUCGAGGAGUGGCAGAGGCCAGUUCUGCAGGACAGUUCUCUUCCUUCCUGGUAUAAAUCAGCUCUGUUUAACGAGCUGUACUUUGUGGUGGACGGAGGCUCAGUGUGGACAGAGCUGCCAGAGGACGCUGACAUCAGUGGUGGUCUACGCAGCAAGGAUGGGGGGCUCCCAGCACAGCCUGAUGUCAUCAAGGAGUACGGUCGAUUUGCCUACCUUGAAGGUCAGGAGUACAGAAUGUACAACACCUACGACGUCCACUUCUAUGCCUCGUAUGCACUCAUAAUGCUGUGGCCCAAACUCGCUCUGAGUGUGCAGUACGAGAUUGGUGAGUACACAGGUGGUAACAGUAAGAAGUAGGAGCUUCAUCUGAUGAGUGGCCGCCAUUCUUAUGUGAAGACCAAAGACGUGGUCCCUCAUGACAUAGGAGACCCAGAUGAUGAGCCUUGGCAGAGGUUGAAUGCCUACCUCAUUCAUGACACUGCAGGCUGGAAGGACUUGAACCUCAAGUUUGUCCUGCAGGUCUACAGAGACUUUCAUCUGACCCAGGACAAUCAGUACCUGUGUGACAUGUGGCCCAUAUGUAAGGCUGUUAUGGAGUCGGAACUGAAGUUUGACCUGGACGGAGACGGGCUCAUCGAAAACUCUGGCUAUGCGGACCAGACCUAUGAUGGUUGGAAAGUAACUGGACCAAGUGCGUACUGCGGCGGGCUGUGGUUGGCCUCCCUGUGUGUGAUGUGUAAAAUGGCUGAAGUGCUGAAGAGCGACGCGUCCCUUCAGUACUACAAAGACCUCCUGGACAGAGGCAGCGCAGCUUAUGACAAACUGCUGUGGAACGGAAAGUACUACAACUACGACAGCAGUGGGAGGGAGCUCUCCAACAGUGUGAUGUCUGACCAGUGUGCUGGACACUGGUUCCUCCGAGCAUCUGGUCUGGGAGACGGGGAGUACCAGGCCUUCCCAAAGGAAAAAAUCCAGAGCGCACUGAAGUCGGUCUUUGACCUGAACGUCAUGAGCUUUGCUGGAGGCCACAUGGGGGCAGUAAAUGGCAUGCGUCCUGAGGGAGUGCCUGAUCGAUCCAGCGUCCAGUCAGAUGAGGUCUGGACCGGAGUAGUGUAUGGACUGGCAGCUACCAUGAUCCAUGAGGGAAUGAGGGAUGAGGGGAUGAGAACGGCUGAAGGCUGCUACAGGACUGUGUGGGAGAGACUGGGAAUGGCAUUCCAGACUCCUGAAGCCUACAGUGAGAAGGGCGUCUUCCGUUCUUUGGCCUACAUGAGGCCUCUGAGCAUCUGGGCCAUGCAGCUGGCCUUGAGUACGUCCCAGACUAACAGCACGUCGGCUCAGAACUGAGACACAACAAACGUGCUGCUGUGCUUGAUGAGCCUGAUGUGGUGAAAACAGUUCCUCCUUCACAGCUACUCUACUUCAUGGUUUAGAUGUCAUCAUUUCUUUACGAAGUUCCUCCUGGUUCUAGAUGUUCUCUAAUGAUCCGAGGGUCAGUGAGGCUGCGUGAAAACAUGCUUAGCCAGUAUCUAGUACUUUAAAAUAAAAACUGACUUUGUGUUUCAGGAAAACACUCUGUUGACUGGACACAGACGUAAACACUACAGUAGACAGUUUACAGUUGAUAUGAUUCAUGUUGACUUCAGGUUAAUAGACUGAGUUUUUACUGUAUCAGUCGUUGAAAGUUCAUUUUUCUAUUUUUGGAGUGAGAUGUGAGCAGCCAUGUUGGAACCCGUGGAUGCUCUAAAGGUGGUUCCUGUUCCUCUUGUUUUUGACCUUGGUGCAUGUGUCCACUGAACAUUUACUCUUUGGUAAAAUCACACACUCAUGACAAUCACCCUGAAUAAACAGAACAACAACAUAUGUGGUGUUUUGUGUUCAAAGGUUAAUGGAUGUGACACCUUGCCUCAUAUUUACUACGUGUUAUAUAGACGGAAACCUUGGUUGGACCAGAUCCUGUUACUUUUAAGGGAAAGUGAACUCCUUGUCAUUGUGACACAGCUCACCACUGCACACAACCAAAUGUGACCUUCUGUUAUGUGCUGAUGUGCAGCCUGAUUCACAAUGUUUUUUUCUUAAGAAAUUACUUUAUGUAAAAAUAUGAAACCUUUAAAAACUUUUGACUCAUUUGUUGGAGCAACAACCUCAGCUUUUUUGUCAAAAAUUCUCAUCACUUUUACUCGUAGGAGGGACGGCCCAUUCUGAUUGGGUCAUUAGUGGAACAGUGUAAUGUCCCUGGAGUAAAAACUGACUCCGUCACAACCUCCUCAUGUCUCUGUGGCGCAAUCGGUUAGCGCGUUCGGCUGUUAACCGAAAGGUUGGUGGUUCAAGCCCACCCAGGGACGUUUUUACACUAAGGCUGACCUCAUGUUUACUGUUAAUAAUAAUAUUGUCCAGUUGCCUCUGUCCUUCCAAAAUUAACGUUCGGAACCCGUUUGGAAACAAUAGACACUUCGAAACGAACAUGGUUUUUGUUAAAUUUAACUUCACUAACUGACAUUUUAAUAAACAAUACCUGCCAGC